CGGAAAACGAGGACCAUAUGGUUUGAGCGCAUGCUCAGUUAGUGCGAGGACAGCCAUAGUUGCCGUCAGUUAUUGUUCGCGUGAAGAGGUACGAUUGAUAUCGUCUGAAUGGCAGAUCAGCAGUCGGCCCUGUUGCUACGAAAACAGCUAAACGAGCUGAAGAAAAAUCCCGUGGAAGGCUUCUCUGCUGGGUUGGUAGACGACAAUGACAUCUACAAGUGGGAGGUGCUCAUUAUUGGUCCACCAGACACAUUGUAUGAGGGCGGGUUCUUCAAGGCACACCUGCAAUUCCCAAAGGAGUAUCCGCUACGUCCGCCGAAGAUGAAAUUUAUUACAGAAAUAUGGCACCCAAACAUUGAGAAGAAUGGCGAUGUCUGCAUCUCAAUCUUGCACGAGCCGGGAGAUGACAAGUACGGCUACGAGAAGGCGAGCGAGCGCUGGCUUCCUGUGCACACUGUGGAAACCAUUCUCAUCUCUGUCAUCUCCAUGCUGGCCGACCCCAACGACGAGUCGCCCGCUAACGUGGACGCGGCGAAGCAGUGGAGGGAAAACUAUGCCGAUUUCAAGCGAAGAGUGGCGCAAUGUGUUAGGAAAAGUCAAGAGGAUGCCUAGAAUAAAUUUUCCGUAGUUUAACUUCCGGUCCCGGGAGUUUCGCUUGUCCGCACAUCCCGUUUCUCAAGAAAUAUCUGCUGCAAAAGUUAAGGAACAAUUUGAUGAGAGAGAGAUAAAAAAAGGGGAAAAAAACUGCACUUCUGAAGCCACUCUGGGACAGUGAAACGUGUGCAGGAAACAAAAGUUUUUUUUUUUCUUCUUUUUGAAAGGGACGUUGUUUGGGACGCUGUUUGGGAAGCUGUAGCGAUGUACCCGUGAAGAGUGGUGAAAAAAAAAAAUUUUUUUUCUGGUGGUAGUUUGGGAAAUGGCGGACGAGACGUUCCUUCUGCGUGACCUCGAGGCGCAACUUUGACUGCUCCGGCAACUCCAGUGGCUGCUCCUCUGCACCGAAAAAAAAAAAAAGACGCCGUCGACAAAAUUCUUUUUGUACCGCGCUGUUGUUCGCCUGACGGGGCGGGUGGACCUGCCGUCGUCAUUUCCCUUUCCCCCAUCUUUUGAACACGAAAGUGAUAAAAAGAGAAAAAAAAAAAUGGACUGACGCACGCUUGGUACUUCUUACGCUCUGCCUGUUUUUUGAAAAAAAGAAAUGUCACCCGAAGUUUUCUUUUGUAGAACGGUAUGCCCAUACAGUGUGAGUGCGUGUGUGUGUGAAUGUUCAGUUUUCAACGAUUCCUCUAUUGCUGUUGUGUUUUGCUUUCGUUUUCCGCGCCACACUUUACUUUCCCAGUUGUGUGCUCCGAAAGUGUGUAGGGAUGUUUUUGGGCCUUGGUUGUUCGAUGUUGGAAUGUCAGAGAUGUGGAAAUUGGCAAGAGGUUUGUGCUUCAGUGCAUCAUUAAAAACAAGUGCUGUCAUAGCUUUGGGAAUGUCUUUUGUUUCUACAGAAUCAUUGGUGCCAGUCCUUUCUGUGUUUUUUUUUUUUUUUGUGUUAAGGGCUCUCUGGUUGUUUUCCUGUAUAGUACGCUUAGGUAUUUUGCAGACCAUGUGUGAAGCUCUUGUUAGUGUUGGCAUUGGCAAACUUUUUGCGGCAUGUGAGUUGCCGUUGUGAAACAGUGCACCUAAUCUAUAUUUAAGCUACGCUUAAUACGGAACUGCGAGUCUGAACACUGCUCGUCUACGCACAUUACGUAGUCGUCCUGUUCGUGAAAAAACAUUCAUUUUAUUUCACUGUUUCAAGCUAGUGUUCCGUUUCGUACUGCGUGUACAUUUAUCAUUGGGCAGUGUUGUAUUUGCUUUGCAUUGCCAGGCCUGCUGCGGUGCUUAUUCGUUCUGCAUGGUUCCUUUUUUUUACCUAAUGGCUAUGCAUCAGUCAGUGCAACACAUUUCCAUCUGUAAGCUGAGAGUGCAGCAUAAGUUUGUAGUGGAGGCCUGUGCUAUUGAUCAAGCAAAUGGAACAUCCAUUUAAAGCAACAUCUCUGCGAGAAACAUUCGAAAGCGUCAAUUCUACAUCGGCACUUAUAUUCUGGCACAGCGUAUGAUUACCACAAUGUUUUUGUUAAAAUUUUAACCUGUUUUAAGGAAAUCUGAAGUAUGCUAAGCAAAGCAUACGUGGGUAUGGCUGUUGAAUCAGUUCCCUUCAAACACUUUUUUUUUACCGUGCAUUUUGGCAUUGGGCACUUUUUUUUCUUCUGUGUUGCUGAAAGAAGAAACGUAAAAUCCUGUAUUUGUGAAUGCAGCUAGACUCGUAGUCCCACACUCGUGGCACUGUCAUGAAAGUAGCCUCCUCGUGACAGUGUCACAAGGAAUGGUCGUGACACCUUUUACAAUUGAACAUAUUGGGGUGUUUGUGUUGCUCAUCUGCAAUACCUAACCUGCAUUUUUUUUCUUGUGGUUCAAGCACUUUCAGCGUACACUGAAAAGUGCUCUAACAGAAGGGCAUUUCUAGAGCGACACCACUUCGUGGAAAUUGCGAAGGGGCAUUAACGAAGUUCACGCCUCGUUCAGAACCUUGGAGUCUGGGACUAAUAGUUUGCUGCAUUUAUGAAAUUUAGGAACGAGACACUGUGAUGAGGUUUAAGGUUCUGCGAAUGCAGUCAUUGCCUGCUAACUUGCCUGGUAGCACACGUCUGCUUUGGCAGUUGUGCCUCUGCUAACUGCUAGUUGCAGAGUUUAAUUGUAUAAUAUUGGAGCCACAACUGGAAAAAAAAAUAAGUUUGCUUUCUCGGCCUUGUUGCUCCCUUCCCACUUUCGUUCUGUUUGUGUACGAGUGAGCAGUUUGAUACUCCCGAGGCUUUUUUUUUUAAAAUGUAUUUGUUUGCCUUCUGUUUACAGUCCUCCGAGAAUUUUGUGCAACUGCCAUUAUUGUCCCCAUAUUUUUUUUCUUUGACGAUGCGACUGGAGUUACUAGACACCCUGUGAAUUUUUCUCAGCUUUGUACAGUUGACUAAAUAUAUUUUCAUCUCUUUA